GUGAACAGGAAGCAAACAGUUUGUAGCAGUCUGCUUCUUCUUUCUGUGAAUCUCACUGACCGCCGUGCUCCACACUUCUGAGAAGCUAAAACUACACCAGCAGGAAAUCCAUCUAACGCUUAAGCCACUCGUUUUGGUUAAUUACUUAAAUUUGAGUCGUUUUGGCCGUGAGUUGUGGAGCUUUGAAAGCGAGGCAAGGGCGUGUUUGAUUCUCAAGUGUUGGAGCCACACACCGCCUCCUCCUCCCUCCUCCUCCCUCCUCACUGGAUGCUAGCUCGGUAGCCUUUGCAUGUCGUUACACUCGUAGUUAAAGUUGUGUUUUAGUCUGCAUUUUAUUUAUUUAUUCGGAGGUCAACUAAAAAAGAAGAUGGGAUGUACUCUGAGCACGGACGACAAGGCGGCGCAGGAGCGGAGCAAGAUGAUCGACCGCAAUCUGCGGGACGACGGAGAGAAGGCAGCCCGGGAGGUGAAGCUGCUGCUGCUCGGUGCUGGAGAGUCUGGGAAAAGUACAAUUGUGAAACAGAUGAAGAUCAUCCAUGAGGCGGGCUACUCAGAGGAGGAGUGUAAGCAGUACAAGGCCGUUGUCUACAGCAACACCAUCCAGUCCAUCAUCGCCAUCAUCAGAGCUAUGGGACGCCUCAAGAUCGACUUUGCUGAUCCAGCCAGAGCGGAUGAUGCGCGGCAGCUGUUCGUCCUGGCCGGCUCUGCAGAGGAGGGCUUCAUGACGGGCGAGCUGGCCGGGGUCAUCCAGCGGCUGUGGAAGGACGGAGGAGUGCAUGCGUGCUUCAGCCGCUCCCGAGAGUACCAGCUCAACGACUCCGCUGCAUACUACCUGAAUGACUUGGACAGGAUAUCCCACGGUGCGUAUGUGCCCACCCAACAGGAUGUGCUGCGGACCAGAGUCAAAACUACUGGUAUUGUGGAAACACACUUCACUUUCAAGGACCUGCACUUCAAGAUGUUCGAUGUGGGCGGACAGAGAUCUGAGAGGAAGAAGUGGAUCCAUUGUUUUGAGGGAGUCACCGCCAUCAUCUUCUGCGUGGCUCUGAGCGACUAUGACCUGGUGCUGGCUGAGGAUGAGGAGAUGAACCGAAUGCAUGAGAGUAUGAAGUUGUUCGACUCCAUCUGCAACAACAAGUGGUUCACAGACACCUCCAUCAUCCUCUUCCUCAACAAGAAAGACCUGUUUGAGGAAAAGAUCAAAAAGAGCCCUCUCACAAUCUGCUACCCAGAAUAUGCAGGCUCCAACACCUACGAGGAGGCAGCCGCUUACAUCCAGUGUCAGUUUGAGGACCUGAACAAGAGAAAGGACACCAAGGAGAUCUACACCCACUUCACCUGUGCCACCGACACCAAGAACGUGCAGUUUGUGUUUGAUGCCGUCACUGAUGUCAUCAUCAAGAACAACCUGAAGGACUGUGGCCUUUUCUAAAGGCAGCGUGGCGGCCGGCUUGGCGAGUGACUUUAUUCAAGGGCACUCUGACUGGAGGGAACUUCAUGGACCCUGCUGAGAAUGUCGCUUUUAACCUCUUAUUAACUUAUGUUCAUCUCUAAAAGUUUUAAAGACGGUGUGUAGAAAACAUUUUGUGUAAAAUAUUUGUAUAACUGUCUAUGGCCGGGGAUUUUUCACAGUUUUUCAAAUGUGCUUGUUUUACCUUAUUAUCAUUAUUUUAAAUUUUUAUAUAAAAAGGGGGGCCUUGACAUGUUUUUGUCCAUGAAUGAAAACUUUUUUUGUCUUUUUGUUUGUAGGUCCUUGUGCCAUGCAUGCCUUAGUUGCAGUGUUUUCUUUUUGUUGAGAUAGAUGUUAGGCUUAUGUAGAUGUUACCAUUGAACUCUUAUCAAGCAGCCCCUUCACCCCGCGUCAAUAUUAUCUCUUUUUUUUCUCAUUAUUUCAUUGUCGCAUCAUUUUUUGCCUCCUUGGACAAACAAAGCAAGACCAAGUCACUCUGUAGACCAAUUCACUCUGACUCUGACAUACUGUGAGAGUGUGUAAACCUUUCGGAUGUGUGGUAAGCAUGUGUGCUGCGAGUGGGAGCUUCGUUCUGAUUGAGGCCAAAAGCCUGCGCGAGUGAUUGAUUGUGUGUGUGAGUGAAUGUGUGCACAAUAUAAAAACAAAGGGACUUUAUUCCUCUACUUGUCAUCCUCUUUCAAAGUUGUAUUUUUCUAAGCGACCAAAAAGAAGCUCCUCUGUAAUUAACUAGUGCACGUUGUCGGUGCGCCGGUACAAACUGUAACAUUCCCGAUUGAAUCACGAUGCAAAGAGAAGCUUUGAAAAGAGGAUGCCAAUGGCGGCCUUGUAGCAGACAGUAGGACCAUAUGUAGAUCUGUGUUCAGUGCACAGAUAGCCGGACACGUGGCUGGGUGCACUGUUAUUGAUCAUGAUGUGUGAUGGUCUCAAGUUACAUAUCCCCCUAGACCCCCAGCCCUCUGUUUCCAUUGGAUGGGCACAUUAGUGGACUAAUCUCCAUGAUUUUGCUAAUAAAAGAGCUGCUGUGGUAAAACCAAGGCAACUUAUGCAACAUACAAA